AUGAUGUUUAUUAAGCUAGUUAUAGGCAGGCUUUUUGUGAACGUUGUUAGUGCAUAUGCACCUUAUGUGGGUCUGGAUGAAGAAGUCAAAAGGCUCUUUUGGGAGGUUUUGGAUGAAGUAGUGAGAGGUAUACCUAGUGCCGAAAAGAUUUUCAUUGGUGGAGAUUUCAAUGGUCAAAUCGGUACAACUUCUAAUGAUUUUGAUGAUGUCCAUGGAGACUUUAGUUUUGGGGAAAGGAAUGACAGCGGGGUUUCUCUCUUGGAGUUUGUCAAAACUUUUGAGUUGGUUAUUGCUAAUUCGUGUUUUCUGAAGAAGGAUAAUCAAUUGGUCACCUUUAGUAGCACGACAGCUAGGACUCAGAUUGACUACUUACUCCUCCAGAAGGAUGAUAGAGGCCUUUGUAAGGAUUGCAAGGUUAUUUCGAGUGAAAAUAGUACCACCCAACAUAAGCUUUUGGUGAUGGACUUAGAGAUUAAAAGGGAUAGGAGAAAGAAGACCCUUUAUAAUCGACCGAGGAUUAGAUGGGGGGGCCUAACUCCCGCCUUUUCUCGGGAGAUGGGGGAGAAGUUGAAUGAUUUAGGGGUCUGA